AUGGAAACCACCACCGCACUACGUGCAGAUCAUCGUGGUACUCCUGAGUCAAAUGGCCGUGUUGUCACAGUCAUCGACCAGUCUUUCUGGGCGACUCUGUCAGAUCCUCACCAAGACAUAGACCCUAAGUCAAACGAAUCCCUUGUUUGGGGCGCAGCAUAUCACAUUCCAGCUUCACAUGCUGAAGAAGUAAACGCGUAUCUUGAUCACCGUGAGAUAAAUGGCUACAGCGUCCAUUAUACCCCAUUCCACUCAUAUAUAGUCUCGGGGAACAGCAUACCGGACGCUUCAACCCCAGGAGCAUCGCCAUUCCUUUGUAUGGUCUACAUAGGCCUCCCAACAAAUUCCCAGUUUCUCCGCAACCCAGCAGAUCGGGACCCCUCGUCCGUGGCCAGAGUGAUAUCUGAAAGCCGGGGCCAGAGCGGCGAAAACAAAGAGUAUCUCUAUCUUUUAGAGAGGGCUCUCGAGGGAAUCGGCCUUGGCUGUGAAGAUUUCCAUGUCACGGAUUUAGUGAAAAGGGUCAGGAUGUUGGAGGGAGUGAGGGGGGAUAGGAAGAGUCAGGUCGAAAUUGAUGUGGAGAAAAUAGCUCUUCCAGAGCCAGAAUAUAGAGAGGAUGAGGUUAUGGAAGAAGUUGACGAGCGCAUGCAGCAAACGUGA